AUGGAUUGCGACGAGCCUCCAUCUCCCUAUCCCCAUUCUUCCUCUCUUCUCAAGGACAUCUCCAACUUCACCACUCCCAGACGUCCCCCAUUCUCUCUCACUACCGCCCGAUCUCCCACCACUCAAUUCUUCACUGCCUCCAAACACUCCUCCACCUUCAACCGCCGACCCAAAAAAUCAUCCACCGCAGCCACCUCCAAAAAACUCAAGGCCUUCCAAUCGGAGCUGUCCCAGUCCUCCCGUAAGGCCCAAAUCCAGAAGGAGCGCUCCCUCAGAUCCCUCGCCAAGUCUCUCUCCGUCUGGCUCAACUUUCUCCUCCAAAACCCUGAUUCCUGUGGCUGCCACUUCUCCACUGCGGAUGCUUCCGUUCCCGCUACCAACGGCAAGCGAGAUGGUACCCCUGGAAUCUCCGUCGUUGGCGUUGAUUCCACCUGGCGCACUCCCAAGCGCCAGAGGAAGACUUGGUCAGCUAAGGAAAAUGCUGCCACGGGGGUUGAGGUUCCUGAUUCUUCGUUUUCGCACCUCAGUGAUUCUCUCAAGGAUAUUUGCAGUUUCGAUGAUUUGAAGCAGCGAAUGAGAGUGUAUUUCAGCCUCACAGCUUGUAAAGAGAUCUUCCUACAAAUGAACCGUGUAGCCAAGACAAUUGACGAAGGAAGACUGAUUAUGAAGGCGCAUUGCCCUAUAGUAACUGAUGUUGGGUUGAAGGAUAAGGCCAUGAGAAUUCUCAUGUGCUAUAAUUCAAUUUGGUUACGAAUUGGAAUAAUGGUAGUCGACAAACUAUUUUUUUCGCAUGAAGGUUUAGCUAAAGCCCAUGCUUAUAACAAAAUGGUUGAAGGCGUGUAUAGGUCAGGUUACUAUGAGAAUUUGGGGAAUGUGAUAUUGAAAAGAAUUUUGUUGCUUGUGCUUAUUCUGGAUAAAGCUAAAUGCCAGAGUUACCUCCCACUGGAAUAUGGUAUUGAUGGAUUGGAUGGGGGAUCUCCUUUGUUAUUCAAACCAGAAUCCUGGAUUAAAUCAAGCAGUCAGCUGAUUCAUGGUUACAAAUUAUCUCAUCAGCAGGAACCUCUUGUUGAGUAUGAUUUCAGGAUCAGAGAUUUAUUUGUAGAUCUUCAAGAUGGAUUAAAAUUGUGUAGAGCGAUUCAGCUCUUGCAGCAUAAUUCUUCGAUCCUCAUGAAAAUUGUAGUUCCCUCUGAUACUCCUAAGAAAAAAUUAUCAAACUGUGGUCUUGCUCUGCAAUAUAUUAGACAAGCUGGUGGGUCACUACUUGAUGAAGAUGGCAUCACGAUUGUGGCAGAUGAUAUUGCUAAUGGAGACAAAGAACUUACACUUUCCUUGCUCUGGAAUAUGUUUGUUCAUUUGCAGGUGCUACCUCUUUUGGUUGAUCAAACAAGUUUAGUUGGGGAAAUUUCUAAAAUUCGAGGAGGCAUGGGUCUCGUAAACAAUGCAAAUUCUACCUCUAUGGAGUUGCUUUUGAAUUGGAUCCAGGCAGUUUGUGACAACUAUGAUUGUUUGAUUGACAAUUUCCAUUCCCUUGUUGAUGGCAAAGCUAUCUGGUGCUUACUUGAUUAUUACUUCCAGAAAGAACUUCAUAAUUCCUGUUCAUUGAAGGAAGUUAGUAUGAAAAGUGGCAAGGCAUCAAUUAUGUCUGUUGAUGAAUAUUCAGAUGCACUAUAUAAUUUUAUAUUAUCCCAGAAGUUGACUACAUUACUGGGGAACUUCCCAGAGGUACUUCAUAUUAGUGAGCUACUUCAAUAUAAUGGUGCUUGCAGCGAUCGAAGUGUGGUGAUUUUGUUGGUUUUCCUGGCAAGCCAAUUAUUUGUCAAGAAAAACUUGGAUCACUUAAAUUUCCGUAAACUCUUGUGUCAUGACUGCCAAAGUCCGAACCAUAGACAUUUGAGGAUGCUACGGUGCCUUUCGAAUUCUGACUCAAUACAAAAGCAUCAUGCUUCCGAUGUGCAUGGCAAUGAAGAUGCCGCGAGAAAAUUCAAGGCCAUCCAAGCUUGGUGGCAAGAUAUGGCUGAAAGAAAUGGUCUCAACAAACCAGCUGUCUCUAAUUUGCAGGGAUCCAGGACCACUGAAUGCAACAUCAACAAUAAAAGAGAAAAUGCUGCAAGAACAAUACAACUGCAUUUCAGAGGAUUGGUUGUCCGGUGGAAGUUUCUGAAGAUGGUAAAUGCCGUUACCCUUUUGCAAACUGUUUUCAGAGCUUGGCUAAAAGUGAGGCAAGAGUCAGUCUGUGUGAUAUUAUCCACUGUUCAAGUCUGUGACUCUUCAUAUGAAAUAUUGAAGCAAUCACAAACAUAUCCAGAAAUAUUGAAGCAAUCACAAACAUAUAAGAGAUAUGCCAUGCUUUUCAUUCAUAGACGUUCCUUUUUGAGGUUAAAGAGUUCAGCACAGAUUAUCCAGAAAGCAGUUAGGAGUUGGCUCUAUAGGAGGCAUCAGCAUGAAUGUAGUACAAGUCAUGUUCUUUUGAUUACAGAUAUGGUGGCGGCUGCUAUUAAUGUUCAGAAAUUUGUCCGUGCUUGCUUGGAAAAAGUUCAUGUGCCGCAGCUCUUCAAGAUUGAGUUUAAGGCAUCUGUUGUCAUUCAAUCUUUCUUCCGGGGCUGGCUUGCACGAAAGGAUGCUUAUGCACGUAGGACUCACUUCACUGAGUUUAAAGCAGCUGUUGUCAUUCAGUCUUCCUUACGAGGCUGGUUUGCCCGAAAGGAUGCUUGUGCGCGUAGGAAUCAUAUUAUCGAAAUUCAAAAGCAUUGUCGUGGUUGGCUUGUGAAGCGGUACUUCUUGUUCCAAAGAGACCAUGUAGUAAAGAUUCAGUGUGUCAUUCGAAGCUUGAAGUGCCAAAAGGCUCUGAAUUGCCAAAAAGAUGUUGCUUUGGAGAUCCAGCGUUUUAUAAGGGGCCAUUUAACUCGGAAUCAGCUUUUAGGCAGUGCUUUCAAGUUACGCACAGUUACUACUAGUUGCAGCUCAAGACCAUUUGGCAUUUGUAGUUCUCAAUUGCAAAUGUUCUUGUUGUCAGUCGUGAAAUUACAACGAUGGUGGAAGGGUCUCUUGUUGCUUAAGCUAAUGAAUAAAUCGGCCAUCAUUAUUCAGUCAUGGACCCGUGGGUGGAUAGCCAGGCGAAAUGCUAGUGUUUACAGACGCCAUGUUGUCAUCCAAGAAGAUGCCGCGUUGGUGAUUCAACGCUACAUUAGGGGACAUUUAACUCGAAAUCGGAUAUUAGGUGGUGCUUCUAACCUAAGUGCAGUUGUUCCAGCUGGCUGCAUUUCUGAACUAGUUGGCUGUCGUAGUUUUCCCCUAGAUCUAGUUUUGCUUUCAGCUGUAAAAUUGCAACGAUGGUGGAAGGGUCUCUUGUUAGAGAAGUUGAUGACAAAGUCUGCCAUUGUUAUUCAGUCUUGUACUCGUGGAUGGAUAGCCAGGCGAAAGGCCUCUGUUCAAAGACAUAAUAUUAUUGUCAUUCAAUCCCACUGGAAAGGUUACCUUGCACGUAAAGAGUCGAAAGAGCAGUUAUUGGAUUUACGCUUGAGAAUGCAAAAGUCUGCUAGAAAUGUGGAUGACAGCAAGCGUCUCAUAAACAGACUCUUGGCAGCGCUUUCAGAGCUACUCAAUAUGAAGAGUCUUAGUAACAUCCUUCAUACUUGUUCAAUAUUGGGUGAGAUUUUCUUUUACAUUGCUUAA